AGGCAAGAUUUGAACCCCCAAACUCUGGCUCCAGAAAUCAUGAUCUAAGCCACCAUAGCUACAGUCUAGUGUACAUGGGUCAGGCAUGUAGGAGGCAUACAAUAAAUGUGGGCCCUUUCCCAGUUCAUAGGGGUGUCCAGAGCACCCAGUUCCUCCCUGCUUUCACUUCCUUCCAUUGCCCGUCUGUCUCGGGCCACUCCUGCAGCAUUGCCCUGCCCAACCCUCUUGGUCUUACCCUCCCUCUGCUAACAAAGGUCUGGGCAGGUUUUUACAGGCUCCGAUAAGAUCCUGGCAGGUCCAGAGUUCACCAGCACUUCCUCUUUGCAGAAGGGCCUAAAGUGCCCCCCACUCGAGCCUGAUCUGAAACCCCCAUCCCCCCAGCCCUGGCUCUGGCUGGUUACCAGUGAGGCUAGCAAAAGAAGGGACACAGGAGAGUGCCCUAGAAAAAGAUGUGAGCCUGGGAUUCUGAGGGGAGGGACCCCAUGGACCCUACCCUGCCAGCCACUCCCUUUUCCUCAAGUAUAAGAGCCACCGGCCACCUGCCACCUGCCACCAUUGCCAGCGCCUGCAUCUCUCCUCACGGGACGAGUCCCCAGCCCAGCCUCUCAAGAUGGCCUUCAUCCCUGCACCUGGCUACCAGCCCACCUACAAUCCGACUCUGCCCUACAACCAGCCCAUCCCGGGCGGUCUCAGUGUGGGAAUGUCUGUGUACAUCCAAGGAGUGGCCAGUGAGCGCAUGAAGAGGUUCUCGGUGAACUUCGUGGCGGGGCAGCACUCAGGAGCAGACAUUGCCUUGCACUUCAAUCCGCGCUUUGAUGGCUGGGACAAGGUGGUCUUCAACUCGAUGCAGGGCGGCAAGUGGGGCAGCGAGGAGAAGAAAAGGAGCAUGCCCUUCCACAAGGGCAAGGCCUUCGAGCUGGUGUUCAUGGUCCUGGCGGAGCACUACAAGGUGGUGGUAAAUGGAAAUCCCUUCUAUGAGUUUGGGCACCGGCUGCCCCUACAGAUGGUCACUCACCUGCAAGUGGACGGGGACGUGGAGCUUCAAUCAAUCAACUUCAUCGGCGGCAACCCGCCCCCAGGCCAGGGUCAUGGACAUACCCACCAACAGCCAAGUCAGCUGCCUACCAUGGAGGGACCCCCAGUCUUCAACCCGCCAGUGCCAUUUAGAAAGAGAUUGCAAGGAGGGCUUACGGCCCGAAGAACCAUCGUAAUCAAGGGCUCCAUACCCCCCAUGGGCAAGAGCUUUGUCAUCAACUUCAUGGUGGGAUCCUCAGGGGACCUGGCUCUGCACAUUAACCCUCGUCUGACCGAGGGUCUUGUGAUUCGGAACAGCUAUCUGAAUGGUUCAUGGGGAUCCGAGGACAGGAAGAUCUCCUACAACCCAUUUGGUCCUGGGCAAUUCUUUGAUCUGUCCAUUCGCUGUGGCAUAGAUCGUUUCAAGGUUUACGCCAAUGGCCAACACCUCUUCGACUUUUCCCAUCGCCUUUCAGCCUUCCAGAAUGUGGACGUGCUGGAGAUUAAUGGUGACAUCACCUUGUCCUAUGUCCAAGUCUGAUCUAUUCCCUGGCCCAUAACCCUUGGGAACACAGAGGAAAAGAUCCCACAGGACUCCCUUCUAAGCCCCUAAUAAAAUGCCCGUGGGUGUCUGUUGAGUGUCCAUGACUCCAUUCACCUCCCUCACCGUUCCUUCCUUCCUUGGUUCAAUCAUACACUGCCCAUUCAGCCAUCCAGUCAACUGUCCAUCCAUCCUCCCAACACAAUAAAUCUAGGAAUAUCCCAGACAUAGCUCUUGGGAUUUAUGUGUAUCUGCUCAUUCAGUCCUCACAAAAACACCAGGAAGUGGGAACUAUUAUUAUUGUCCCUCUGGAAAAGAUGAGGAAACAUGUAAAUUAAAAUAAAGCAAAUUGCCCAAGGUCACACAGCUCAUCAAUGGCAGAAUGAGGAUUCAAAUCAAGGUGGUCUGGCUACAUACUUAAUCGCUAUACAGCCCGUUUUUCCAUCCAUCCAUGCAUCUGCCUCUCCACUCAUUCAUCUCAACAUCCAUCCAUCUCUCCAAACAUCCAUCCAAGCAUAUGUUCAUCCAUCCAUCUAAACAUCCAACCAGGGGCACUUGGCCGGCUUGGUUUGUGGUGCGUGCAACCCUUGAUUUCAGGGUUGUGAGUUUGAGCCCCACUUUGGGUGUAGAGAUUACUUUAAAAUUUUUUAGGGGCGCCUGGGUGGCUCA